GUCACAGAGAGAACAGUUCACUUAAAUGCAGCUGCAGUAUUUUUGUGUGAUACCUGUCAGAAUCAUUCCCAGUGCGAGGUUGGGUUUGUGACCAUGAUGUCAAGAUUUGUCUGUCUUCUUUUCUGUGGAUAUAUUGCACUAAACCUGGGAAAUGCUCAGAAAUUGCCAAGAGUGAAAAGGCAGAGUCUGAAGGUUCAGAUCAAUGCAACAGAUGACACCGUUUGCAUGAGAUAUCUCCGACCAAGUCAAAACACCAAACUAGAAGGUUUUGUCCUGGGUUAUGGAAGCAACUUCUUUUCUAAUCAGUACAUUCCUUUACCUUCAGAAGGAAAAAACUAUGUAACAGAACUUGAUGCAGAGCCACGGUAUUUGGUUUCAGUAAGACCAGCACGUGUUUCAAACAAGAAAUCUUGUUCAGGUCGGACCAAGACACAAAAGCCUCUGCAGCUGGUAGUUGGCACUCUCACCCCAACCUCUGUGUUUCUCUCUUGGGGCAUUCUAGUCAACCCUCAACAUGACUGGACAGCAACAAACAACUGUGCUAGUGACAGAUUCUAUACAGUUCGCUACAGAGAAAAGGGUAAAGACAAAAAAUGGGUUUUUCAGCUCUGCCCAGUUACAGAGACUGUGAUUGACAAUUUGAAGCCAAACACACAGUAUGAAUUUGGAGUUAAAGACAACGUAGAGGAUAGUAUUUGGAGCAAGACUUUCAAUCAUAAGACAGUUCUCUCUAAUAAAAAAGUAAAUGGGCAAUUCCAGAAUAUGUACAAGUUGGUACCCAAUUCCCAAACACAGCUUAUAUUGAGUGAUAAUAAGAGGUUGGUCCCAGUCACAAUAAUCAAACAAGUUAUUCAAAAUCGGACGCAGCCAAAAACACCAGACAGUUCUUCUCUCCCAGGAGCAAUAUUAGUGCACCUUAUUGUUCCAGGCCUCAAUGAAAGUCAGCAGAAACUUCCUCCUCUCCUUACAAUAGAUGGCUUAUCUCCAGCAUCCAGGAAAAAACUGGCUCAGAAUGAAACUGGAAUAUGGCCUGCUGAAUCCAAAACACCAGAAGUUCAAGAAAUCUCCCCACAGUCCCUUCCAGCUCAGGCUGAGAAAACACAUGGACCUGAAGAAUUUAAAUCAACGCCUAAACCCAAAUUGGUGCAAACUCAAAACAUACCGGCUACUCAGAGUCCAGCCUUGAAACCCAUAACUCUACCUUCUGCAGAAGCCAGAGAGAUGGAAAUGGAUUUAGGUGAAAGGAAGACUCUUCCUUCAAGAUCCACAACAUCUGGCAUACCAGAAAUGCCACCAAUCUCAUCUGCACCCAAGAGACCAGCCCUGGAAUCGACCUUGUCUGCUUCACCAGAAACCACAAGGAUGGCUACUCGAAGACCAAGGCUGAAGUCCACCACUCCUUCCUCCCUGGCAACCAAGCAAACUGUGAUGGCCUCCCAUGACUUUCUUCAUGUUACUUCCACUCCCCAAACUUCCACAUCUGCAAAAAUGUCAGAUCGAGAGACUGCUACCCAGGGACCAAGCCUGAAAUUCACUUCUCAUCCCUCCACGGAAACCAGAGGGAGCAUGAUUGCUUUGGAUGAAAAUCAGCACAUUUCCUCAACAUCUGAAACAUCUGGCAUUCAAGAAAUGCCAUCAGCUGUACCUGCUCUCCCAAGACCAGUCCUGGAGCCCACAACUUUUCCAUUCCUGAAAACCACGAGGACAGUGAAGGUUACUCAGAGACCAAAGCUGAAACCUACUUCCCCUCACUUUGCAAGCCAAGGAACAGUGGAUGCUUCACUGGACUCUAAUCAUAUUACUUUCCUGUCCCAAACAUCUGCAUCUGCAGAAAUAUCAAAAAUAGAGACUGCUACAAGUUCAACUGACCUGGAAAAAUCUGUGCCUUCACUUUCCAGAACACCUCAUGUGUUAACAACAGCUACGGUUUUCAGUGAUAUUCAGCCUGUUUUUUCAAGCCCUGUGACACCUAGUAAGCCUGAAAUAGCAGGUCCUGGACCAGCAGCAACAAGUGAAUCCAUUCUGGAAUCUUUCACACCUAAAACUUCUCGUCCUUUUCAAUGGCCAAGGGUAACAUUAGCUCCAAAAGAAAUACCACUUAUUCCUUCUAAACUGAAACCAUCUGCUACCCCAGAAGUACAGGAUGUGAAACCUGCUCCUAAACCACCACUUUUGAAGCCUAAAACUUCUCAGACUGUUGAGCCACCAAGAGCAACACUAGCUCCUAAAGAGGCAAAACUCACACCUUCUACAUCUAAACCUAGACCAUCUGCCAGACCCAAAAAGCCACGAACUAAACCUGCAGCAACCAUUCCAGUGUCAGUCACUACUAGGAGUCCCUACACAUAUGAACAUCCAAAGACUGCAGAGGUCCUGGAUCCUAUUACACUUAGAAUUGAACCACCAAGGCCAACGAUAGCUCCAAGGGAGACUCAACGUGUUCCUUCCAAACCUAAAACUUCACCCAAACCUCAUAUCCCACAAGCCAAAGAUGUCCUGGAAUCCAUAACAUUUAGAACUGAACAACUAAAACCAACAAUAGUCCCUAAGGAACCACACCGUGUUCCUUCCAAACCCCGAACAUCACCAAGCUCAGAGAUGUCACAAACAAAACCUGUUCUGGAACCAAUUAAGUUUAGAACUGAGAAACCAAAGUCAACAAUAGUUCCUAAAGAUACACGUCCAGGGCCUUCCAAACCUAAAACUUCACCCAGUCCACGUGUUCCUCCAACUAGAGCAAGUCCAAAGGAAAGUCGACGAGUCCCUUCCAAGCCCAGGGCAUCACCAGGUCCAGAUGUACCACACACAAAACCUGCUUCUAAAGAACCACAGUAUAUUCCCUUUAAACCUAAAGCAACUCCCAUCCCAGAUGCUCCACACAGGAAGCCUGAAAUCUUUCCAACUUUUGGUGAACCAGACACUACUAUGAUUCCUCGUAUUCCUGAAAGAACAAAGGCAACAUUGGCUCCAACUGAAAAACAGUUCAUUCAUACCAGACCAAAAACAACUGAAAAAUCAAGAGUGCCACACACCAAACCUGCAAUACAUCAGACAACUCCACAACCAAUUAUUACAAAAUCUUCUACUACCACUGGGCAUUCAAAGGCAACAAUGGCUCCAAAAGAAACACUGCUCAUUCCUUCCAAACCCAAAACAUCUGUCUGGCCAGAAGUACCACAAACUAAACCUGCUCCAAAGGCAACACACCUGGGAUCAAUUAACCUUGUUACAGUUCAUGUUGUUGAUGGGUCCAAAAUACCUUUGGUUCCCAAUGAAACAUACCACAUUUCACCCAAGCCAAAAAUUGCUCAAGCAACUGAAAUUCCAUGGUUCAAUACAGCACCUCAUAAAACACGUCUCACUUCUGCAAGACCAAAGCCGUCGGAUAAAUCACAGACUAGACCUGUUUUUAGUAAAACCACACUAGCACCAGCCAGAACAAAAGCACCUGGACUGCCACAGUGGAUUGUGCCAACAACAGGUGAUAUGUAUAUACCUGAGGAUAUUACCGAGCAAGUUGCUGUGGAUGUAAAAAAACCUUGGGAAUAUAUUGAUACCUGGAAAAAACCUCUUUCUGUAACUACAUCACCUGGACCUCAGCGCCCUCCUAUACCUCCUGCCAAGCCUACACAGAUGAGAAGAAAACCUCUGCCUCCAAACACCGUGACUGGUAAACCCGGGAUUCCAGCUAAGCCUGCUGGACCAACACUGCCUGUGAGGACAGGAACGUCAUAUAGGACACCAACAGCUUUUGCAACUCCAGAGUAUUAUGUGGAUGCAACUGUCUUCAGCUCAAGUCCUACAUCAGAAACAGAUUCUUCAGGCAAACCAAGGUACCAAGCUCCCCAUGUCAAGUACAUGAAGAAAGACGAUGAUGUGCCUUGCUCUAUCACAAGCUCUCUUGAACAUUUUCCUCAAGAAGAAGCUGGAAGCAAGGAAGAACCCACUCGUCCUCCACAAAAUCCUCCAACCAAUCUCACAGUGGUGACGGUUGAGGGCUGUCCAACCUUUGUCAUAUUGGACUGGGAAAAACCAGACAAUGACACUGUUACAGAGUAUGAGGUUGUGUCAACUGAAAAUGGAGGAAGUGAUGGUGAAAAGGAGAAAUCAAUUAUCACUACAAAUCAAACCCAUUCUACUGUGGAAAACCUAAAACCUGACACAAGUUAUGAAUUCCACGUGAAACCUAGAAACCCUCUUGGUGAAGGUCCAAGCAGCAAUGUUGUGUCAUUCAGUACUGAAUCAGCGGACCCAAGAGUGAGUGAGCCAAUUUCAAUGGGAAAAGAUGCUAUCUGGACUGAAAUCCCAUUCAAUUCAGACACAUAUUCAGAAUGCAAAGGCAAACAAUAUGUCAAGAGGACCUGGUAUAAGAAGUUUGUAGGUGUGCAGCUGUGCAAUUCUUUGAGAUAUAAAAUAUACCUCAGUGAUUCACUUACAGGAAAAUUUUAUAACAUAGGAGACCAGAGGGGCCAUGGAGAAGAUCACUGCCAAUUUGUAGACUCAUUCUUAGAUGGAAGGACAGGACAGCAAGAAGAUCUACCAGUCAAAGAUGGAUUUUUCAGGGCAGUUCGUCAGGAACCUGUCAAAUUCGGAAAAAUAGGUGGGGAGACUCAAAUUAACUACGUCCGCUGGUACGAGUGUGGCACAUCAAUCCCUGGGAAGUGGUAGAUGCGACAUGAAGUUGGUGAAGAGGCCCAGCAUGUGCCACCUCCACCCCACUGCCCAGCGCAGGCUCAAGGACGGCAAUGCUUACGGUGUGCCUGGCACUUCAUGUGCCAGGGUUUAUACAAGUCUAAUGCCAAUACUGCAUUCAUUGUGUAAUAGCGUAGGCUGCUUACUGUAGUUAUCCAGUUUUACAAAUUUGUUUUUAGAUUAAAAACACAAACAGGCUAGGGACAUGCUGUAGGAUAAUGUAUAGGGAAGCUGGCUCCCUAUUCUUGAGGUAUGGUUUAUAUGGUAUUUUAAAAGAUACAGUGUGUCUAUUAUUUAUCGUGAUGUUGUAAUAAAUGUUUAAGGCACAGAUAUGGCAGAGUUGGUCAUGGAAUGCAAUGUACGUUAGUUUUUAAAUAUUUCCUGGUCUUCUUGUAAUGCAAGUGCCAUAAGCUACCUGUCCAGAUCCAUCUGUAAUGUCUCCCAGUCAUAAGUUAUAGAAAAGAUCCUACAAUUUUUAAUAUCCUGCAGCCAGUAAACUUGAAGCACUUUCUUCUUACACGUACAGUUUAUACUCCUGCCAAAAUGCUGAGGUAGGUUGCUAUAUGUGCAGCUUUAAAUUAUCAAAUUGAGGGGGGCGUCUGUUUGUUCUCAAAUGCUUCAACCCCAGCAAAAGCCAUGUUUGGCCUGUCAUUAUGGAGUCAGAGCUGCUGCCCAUGAGCGUGGCAGUGGCUGGCAGGUGGGUUUGGUUUUCUCUAAUUAAAGUGGACAGGUACAUACAUACAUGGAAUGAAACAAUGAAACUUGGCUUCCACGGUUGGGGCUUUGCAUGAAAAUGUAGUCUUCAGACACUGAGACUUACUGGUUCAAAAGCCAAAUGUAUGUACCAUGCAGGGGAACUUGGAAAGACAAAUGAGAGAGGAAAAAAAAUAAGCUAGUUAUAACAGCAUGAUCAGGUUUAUUUAAUUUAAGAAGAAAAAUUGUGAUCUAAAACAUUUUUCAUUGGGGACAAAGGGGAAAUAAUGAUAACUGAACUUUAAAACUGCUUUACAGUUACUUUGAUUAAAACCUCUCCCAAAGCUACUUGUUGUACUGCUUGAACAUUUAUGAACUAAAUAAAGAGAUGUAGGUUUUUUUU